AUGGAUUCCUACUCGUCCUCCAUGGCUCGAGCUACCCCCAGGCGCUCGCCCGGCUCCGAGCAGGGCCACUACAAGACCUCGCCCUCGUCGUCAGGGUCCGUCGUCGGUGCUGGCGAUGCGACUCAGUCUGCGGCCGGUGCCCGGGUCUCCUCUGCCUCAAAGGCCUCCUCGACAAGAAGCAACCAGGCGGCCGAUAAGCAGCUCUCGCAGAUAGAAAAGAGCGUCACGCAUCUCCUGGUUGCGACAAAGCAGCUGCUGGAGAUGCUGACCCAGUGGUCGCGCAAACAGGCCAAGGAAACCGAAGUCUCUGAUGUAUACGUGCGGCUGGGGUACGAGUUCAACCUCGCCUGUCGCGCUUUUGGUGCCAUCGGCAUGGAUACCGCCGACCUGGGCCCAGUUCCGGACCUGCUACGCACAAUUCUCGAAGACACUCUCAGCCAGGAUGCCUCCCCUCAGAGUCUCGAUCGGUACCUGCCACGUAUACGAGAUAUCAUAAUAAACCUCCUACAUGGGCUCAAGAAGAAGCAGGCCAAGUUACGGUCACGGCAGGCAAAGGAAGGCAAGGCUCUGCCACCGCGACAGGGAAGCUCGGGGAGCUUCGAACUCGGAGAUGGAGCUGUCCAGCAGACGAUAGAGCAGGCGCCUAGUACGUCGACGCAGUCGCCCCAGAAGCGUCCCGUAAACGCCCACCGCCAGGGUGCUCCAUACGAUGAGGACCAGGCAUCCGUAUCUUCUCGAAACAAGUCUCCAUCUCCCUGGCCUGGCGAUCGACCCGGUGGCAGCUUUUCCGAACGUGAGGCGGGGAGACAGGAGACACAGCGCACGCUGGCACCCUCCACUGCCACUACUACAGCAUCCUCGUCUUUGUCAAGUUUUACCAUGCAGAACAUGCCCGUUCUGCCGCCACACUCCGACACAGAAUUACAACUUAACCGACCCGAAUCCCCUUCCUAUAACAUCCACAACUUCCCCCACCCCCCUCCACCACUUCCCCCAACCUCAAAGCAGAAUGACGCCAUAGGCAUGCUACAGAGAAGCGGCGAGCUCGAACGACGUGCGUCGAGACGGUUUUCUGCUUAUCAGAUCCAGAAACACCUCGGCGCAUCACCCAACGGCAUCCCCGUCCUGCCUCCAGCGCAGAAUUCGCCCAUCCCAAACCGUGGCCAGGACGUGCGCGAAUCCAUGAACGCUGUCCGUCUACGGGGGCCUCAUUUACAUGACCGCCAGAGGUCAAGAAAUCGAUUUGCUGAUGUCGCUUCGAGUAAAAACGCUUCACCAAGUGGCCGCGAAGUAUCUCCUAAUCUUAAACUAGAGCCAACCGCCGAAGUCGCGACGCCCGGUAGUCCACUAGCACGGACUCCAACAGACAAACUCCGAUCGCCAAGGGAGUUUGAGAGCAGAGACGCCCCUCUUGUUGGAGGAUCGUCAUUAUCUGGUCUGCCGCAGAUUGCCGAACAGGACUCGUUGUCACCGGAGCCUAAGAAACGAGACUUUACCGCCGAUAGUCACACACCAGGUCAUCGGAAUCUUGACAAGCCGCUCCCUUCGCCUUCUACCCCGUCACAGUCUCAUAGACCCGAGUAUACCCCUGAGCAUUCCCCUCCGCCGAGCAAGGAGAUAACCCUCUUCUUGCAGUAUAAGAGCAAGAUAAAGAAAUACGUGCUUCCCGAAGGAUACUCCGGCCUCACAAUUGCCAGACUCCAGCUCGCAUUCAUUGAAAAAUUCGCUUGGAAUACGCAUAGCAACGGUGCAGACUUGCCUGAGAUAUAUAUACAAGACCCUGUUUCUGGUAUUCGCCAUGAGCUAGAAGAUUUGAGGGAUGUAAAGGAUAGGUCGGUGCUUGUGCUAAACGUUGAGGUUCUAGACGAAGUUAGAAAGCAUUUCGAUGAAAGCGUUGGAGGCAUUCGUACCAUAGUCGAGAGCGUUCGCGAUGUCAUUGACGGACAUGGUACCUCGAUUCAACGGCUUAUCGACCGUCAGCAAGAAACCUCCAAGGAAAUAUCUCGUCUUGCUGCGCCGGGUGGUAUGCCCGCUCUCUCCGGAUUCAAGCCUUCCAUAGGCGGAGCAGGCGGGAAGGCAGCCGAACUCCAGGGCUUGCGUGAUGACCUUGCCUCCCUACGCCAAACGUAUUCCAGCUUUACCUCGGACAUCACCUCGUCGAUGAGCAGCAUCCGAGCCAAGGCUAGUCUGGUCAAGUCUGCGGCUGUAGACGCUGUCGUCCCGUCGUUCGAACCAGGUUCCAACGCCGGCCACGCUCGAGUCCAAGCCGGCAAGAAAGAGCUCGCUGACGAAUCCGAGAAGUUGGUUGCUCGCGUAGACGACCUGCAGGACCUCGUCGAAGACCUACGCAAGGACGUUGUAACUCGCGGAGUCAGACCACUGCCACGUCAGCUUGAGGCCGUCGGUCGAGAUAUCAGUGCCGUCACCAAGGAGCUCAAGAAGAUGCAAGACUUCCUGAAACGCGAGAAACCCAUCUGGACAAAGAUCUGGGAGAAGGAACUCCAACUUGUCUGCGAGGAGCGAGAUCAAUUGACAAUGCAAGAAGAUCUGGCCGUCGAUCUCGAAGACGACCUUGAAAAGGCUACCCAGACCUUUGCUCUCGUUGAACAAGCUACUAAACAACAGACCCUCGAGACACCCGGAGCCAACCCCAACGGUAUCGCCUUACGAUCUGUGUCUCGGACAAUGAACCACCACGCCACCCCCGCCGACAUGAAGGACAGCUUACUAGGUGAAGUCCGCGCUCUCCAACCCAACCACGAAACACGCCUCGAAGCAAUCGAGCGUGCCGAAAAAUUACGCCAAAAGGAACUAGAGAGCCGCCGAGGAGGCGAGUUCCAGAAAGAACUAAGCAGUUUCGUAGGCGACGGCAAACUGAAGAGCAGCGGUGGUUUCGAAGAGCUCGAACGUGUCCGAAGGGAAAAAGAGGAGAGUAUUCGAAAGGAGGUCUGGGAGCGUAUGCAGGGACUAAUUCCUGCCGAACCCGAACCAGCAACUGCCGGCGGUGAAGCCCAGGAACAAGGGCCCGAAUCGAAUACUCCAGACGAUCAGACAGCGCCGACCGACCCCGAAGCCGCAGAGCAGAAAGAUACCUCUGAUGCCAAAGACAAUGCCAACACUGGCACUAAUGAUGCCGAGGAUACUCAGGUAGACAAGGGCUCUUCGGACCACCGAUCGUCCGAUACUCCUGGUAUGUCGGAUCAUGCUGCAUAA